AUGUUCGCCGCCACCCGCUCGACAAUGGCCCUGGGCCUGCGCGCCAAGCCUACCGCCGCCCUCAUUCCCUUCGCUCGCGCCGCACCCGUCGCCCUCAUCCACAACUCGUCAACAAAGUCGGCAACCAUGGAGAGACCCGGCCUCGUCAAGGGCAACCCAGGCACCCCGCCACCCAUGAAGAAGGGCAUGCCCACAAACGUCCCUCUUCCCAGCCAGGAGGGCAAGCAGGGUGUCAUGCAAUACGCCUUGACCACCCUUGAUCAAAUCGCCAACUGGGCCCGCCAGGGUUCGCUGUGGCCCAUGACCUUCGGUCUCGCCUGCUGCGCCGUCGAGAUGAUGCACCUGUCAACUCCCCGUUACGACCAAGAUCGCAUGGGUAUCAUUUUCCGUGCCUCGCCCCGUCAAUCCGAUGUCAUGAUUGUCGCCGGUACCCUGACCAACAAGAUGGCUCCCGCCCUUCGCCAGGUCUACGAUCAGAUGCCCGACCCCCGCUGGGUCAUCUCCAUGGGCUCAUGCGCCAACGGUGGCGGUUACUACCACUACUCUUACUCCGUCACCCGCGGCUGUGACCGUAUCGUCCCCGUUGACAUCUACGUCCCCGGUUGCCCGCCCACUGCCGAAGCCCUCAUGUUCGGUAUCUUCCAGCUGCAGAAGAAGAUGAGACACACUAAGAUCACCAGAAUGUGGUACCGCAAGUAA